UAUUAUUCUGAUUUAAAACUUGGAAAGAUGAAACUUCUUUUCUUUUCUUCACUGCACAAAGAUUUCAUACUCAGAUUCUCACUCUAUCUUUCCAUUAAUCUGUAAUAAAAUCCCUAAUCCUCUUCGCUAAAAGACGCAUCGAUUUCUCCAUUUCUCUGCCUUUUCUCAAAUGGCGGUACCUGUGGUUAGGUUUCCGAUCUUCCUCGUAAUCAGAGCACUCGGAGUCAUUGUCGCAGCUCUCGUUCUCUCCUGGAACGUUCACUACCGAGGAGGCCUAGCUCUCGUUUCUGAUAACAAGGAUCUCAUCUUCAAUGUUCAUCCUGUUCUCAUGGUUAUUAGUCUUGUGCUCUUGAAUGGAGAAGCCAUGCUAGCUUACAAGACAGUUCCAGGGACAAAAAGCUUAAAAAAAUUAGUUCAUCUUGCCCUACAAUUUCUUGCCUUUCUUUUAAGCUUGAUUGGUGUUUGGGCUGCUCUGAAAUUCCACAAUGAUAAGGGCAUCGACAAUUUCUACAGCCUACAUUCAUGGUUGGGCCUAGCUUGCCUUUUCUUAUUCGGCAUCCAGUGGGGUGCUGGAUUUGUAACCUUUUGGUACCCAGGUGGCUCAAGAAAUAGUAGAGCUACUCUGCUGCCAUGGCACGUAUUCUUGGGAGUUUACAUCUACGCCCUAGCUGUCGCUACUGCCACGACUGGUAUCUUAGAGAAAGCAACAUUCCUUCAGACCAACCAUGUGAUAGCUCGUUAUUCCACCGAGGCUUUGCUGGUAAACUCUCUGGGUAUUUUGAUUGUUGUUCUGGGUGGAUUUGUUAUUCUUGCACUUGUUGCUCCUUCAAAUGGCAAAACAGAAAUUCUGAGAUCAUCAGAAUAGGCUCAGCAGUGACAGUUUAUAUAUGUACUCAGAAAAGAUUUACAGGGUUUUAUUGUCUCAUGAUCGUUGUAGAAAAUGAAACUUUCUAUUUAUUAAUUUAUAGAGGGA